AUGGUGGAUGUCCAUCGGAGGGAGAUUUUGUUUGCUUUGUGUGAGAAGGUAAGUUCUGGCCAAGAAGGCAUACUGGAAGCCCUAGCAGCCACCGCCAACAAAGAAACGCUGGAGUCAGACACCGUCUAUGCUGUCCUUUCUGCUGCUUGGGUUCAGCAUCGCUGGACCAGUGUGAUGGACAUUUUUCUGAACAUUUUGAAUGUGCUGAUGCUGUGUAUCACCUCGCUCGAUUAUCGCACUCCGAACUCCGUGAUACCACCGGGGACGGUGGUGAUGGUUCUGACGAUCCUCCAUAUAAAAGAGGCGACUGAGUGGCUUUUUGAAUGUUUCCGCGGAUGCUCCGGCUCUAUAUUAGGCUUGAUGGAAUGCGCACAGGGUAGAUUUCAGAAGGCAGCACCUGUUUUCACUAGCAGCGAUUUUGUGCUGGAUACUGUGUACUGCAUCACGGGACAAAUUGUGAUCAGCCAGCAACUGGGCAUUCUGGACUUGCACGACACCGUAGCCAAGCGGUGGAUUGCUUUCUUCAGUGGGAUGGCAUGGCUUCGGAUGCUUUACAGCAUGAGAGGAGAAACGUGGCUCGGACCCAGACUCCUCCCAAUUUUGGCCGCAAUCAAAGACACCGCUGCCUUCUUCUUUAUUACCACGGUCUGUGUGUUAGCCUUGGCCCAUGCCUACUAUCAAAUGUCGCUGCGUGACGAUGAUCCCUUUCCCAUUUAUGCAUCACUGCUUCAAACCUUUCGUCUUGGCAUCAUGGGCGAUUUCAACCUUUUCGAGCUGGAGGGGAAGGAUGUCGAAUAUGACCGCAUCAUAGACGGCGAGUCUGAGAGAUGGGUACCGCAAGACCCAGAUCCUGGUCAAGACUACAUCUACGUCCACCUGAUGUUCUACGUAGCAAGCGUCGGACUGGCAGUUGUGCUCAUGAAUAUUUUCAUCGCGGUGUUGGGCCAAAACCUGGAGCUGUUUCAAGAUCAGGCCGCUCAGCUCUUUGCCAGAGCAAGGGCGAGGAUGCUCCUGGAGCAUCACAAGCGUCCCUGGGCCCGGCUGUGGCGCAGAUGUAUGUCCCGCAAGGGAUCACUGGACCCAGACCGGUUCGAGUACUCUGCGGAUCACUUGAGCGCACCCUGCGUGCUCAGCUUGAGCCUCUUACCUUUG